AACAAAAAUGGAAUUUGCUCUUUCAUGAAUCACGAUGGAUGCAUCUACUGUCCAAAAUAUCUCAAGUUUAAACAUCAAAUUAUCUACUCCAAAUUAUUCUUGAUAUUGAAAAAAAAAAUGAAAGACAUUCAACACACACCUUCUCUCCCAAUAAAUAAAACAAAUUAAAAAUCCGAAUUGCUACCAAGAAAAAGAAAGGUGAAUUGAAUCUAGAGAUCUGAGUUGCCCUUUUCACACGACAUAUAAGUUUAUCUUUCUUUUCUUUUCUAUUUUUCUCCCCGCUUGCCAACUUCAAGAACUCAUUCUCGCUCGCUCGUAGCCGAUAAAAUAAAAUUGUUUUGUAUUUUUCGAUUUUAAUUACGCCAUCAAGGCACCUCUCUCUCUCUCUCUCUCUCUCUCUCUCUUUCUGUCUCUCAUUUGGAAGCGUGCUUGUGUGUGAAGUCCUGACGAUACACUCAAAGUUCACUUAUUUCUCCAACCGCAAUAGCCGCUUGACAUGGCUGAAAAUUCGAUUUCAGGUGAUAUUAGUAGACUGUCCAUCAACAGUGAAGGUUCAGUUCAGACGAGCCAUCUUGUUGUUUGCUUCGGAGAGAUGUUGAUAGAUUUUGUGCCUACAGUUGGUGGAGUUUCACUUGCUGAAGCUCCUGCCUUUCACAAAGCUCCAGGUGGUGCUCCUGCAAAUGUGGCUGUUUGUGUAGCAAAAUUAGGAGGAUCUGCUGCUUUUAUUGGAAAGGUAGGCAAGGAUGAUUUUGGACAAAUGCUUUCUGACAUGUUGAAAGAAAACAAAGUUGACAAUUCUGGUGUGCGAUUUGACCCCUACGCAAGAACUGCUCUGGCAUUUGUCACACUCAGAGCAGAUGGCGAGCGUGAGUUCAUGUUCUACCGCCAUCCGAGCGCUGACAUGCUUUUCCACGAGCAAGAGCUUGAUCUGAAUCUUGUUAAUAAGGCGUCCAUUUUUCACUACGGGUCAAUCAGUUUGAUUGAUGAACCAUGUAGAUCAACACAUCUUGCUGCCAUGCGCAUUGCCAAGAAAUCCGGUAGUUUACUGUCUUACGACCCAAAUCUGAGAAUGGCAUUGUGGCCCUCAGAAGAUGCUGCUCGAAAAAGUAUAAUGGCUAUAUGGGAUCAAGCGGAUAUCAUCAAGAUAAGCGAGGAUGAAAUCUCAUUUCUGACCGAAGGUGAUAAUCCAAAUGACGAUGAUGUGGUGUUGAAGAAGCUUUUUCAUCCCAAUCUAAGUCUUUUGCUUGUAAGUGAAGGAAAGGCUGGCUGCAGAUAUUACACUAAGCAAUUCAAAGGAAGAGUUUGUGGUGUUAAAGUCAAAGCUGUUGACACAACUGGUGCUGGUGAUGCAUUUACUGGUGCAAUACUUUAUUGUUUAGCUGCAGAUUCGAAUCUUUUGAAGGACGAGAAGCGGCUGAGACGUGCUUUGUUAUUUGCGAAUGCGUGUGGUGCACUCACCGUUACAAAGAGUGGCGCCAUUCCUGCUCUGCCUACAAAACACGAAAUCGAACAAAUUAUUGAAGGGAUCUCUGCCUGAGAAGAAGCACGGAAUGUGAAGUCUUUCUCGAGAGUUGUUGAUGCUAAACGAACUUAAUUUUCCAUAUGUGAGCUGCUGAAAUUUUGGUGAGUAGAAGAAUCUAGAUGAAGAUAUAUUGUUUUGGUCAGAUUGAGGUUUCGGAGCUUCAAUGUUGUUAGAGCCCGUCUUUUACUUCAUCUUAAAUUUGUUGUUAAAAUAAAGCCAGUCACAUAUUUCAUUAGUUUUUUGGAUCA